AUGGCCGCAACUUGCGAACCCGACACUUCCUACACGAGCUCACCCGAUUUUCUAGCCCUAACCUGUCACAUUCUGACUGGCAUCUCGGUUCCGAUUCACAUUUUCGGCGGAUGGAUGAUCGUCACGCAGUCUCCGUCGACCAUGAAAACUAUGAAAUGGAGCAUGUUGAACUCACACUUCUGGAGCUCAUUUCUGGAUCUUGCACUCACUUUUCUGUUCAUUCCUUACGUAUUCGCACCCACACUUUCUGGAUAUCCGCUCGGCGUGAUCAGCAUCACGGGACUCAGCACCAUGCUGCAAACUCAGUCGUGUUGCACUUUGUUCGGCUGUGAGUUUUACGUCCUUCUCAUUCGUCAACUCAUUUUUUAUUCAUUCACUUCAUUUCAGUUACAGUCUCCGCUCUUGUUCAAGUCUACGAGAAUCGAUACUAUUGUAUGGCAGUUGGCAAGAGUUCGAUUUGGUGCAGAAUCAGAAAGUUCUAUUUGAUGAGUGUAUACCUAAAAUCGAUAUUGUUCAUUCUUCCCUACACUUUGUUGAUUCCCAAUCAGGAAAUGGCGCGGCAAUCUGUUCUAGAGGUAAAAUAGAGCUUCUACGCUAUCAUCAUUGAAACUGUGCUUCCAGCAACUUCCCUGCCUAACCCCUUACGUAGUCAAGGAACGAAUCUUUGUGUUCACCCUUGAUUUGAGCAGACUCCUUUACAUUACCGUCACAUUAAUUUUUCUAACAACCGGCGAAGUCGUCGCCUUCGUGUUUCUGACCAUCCGGAACUUGGCAGAAAAAGUGCGGCAACGGUCUACCUCCAAGAAAACGCUCGCUCUCCAUAAAACGUUCCUAAUCGGGUUGCUGAUCCAAACUUCCAUUCAAAUAUCCGUUUUUAUGUUCCCUUGCGCCUAUUUUUCCGUUUCAGUCUUCAAAAAGUACUACAAUCAAUGUGAGUUUACAAUUUUCGCCUCUAGCCGAGCAAUCCGGUUCCAAAGGCACGUGUUUCACCUCUAUUCUCAUGGUUUUUUCCGUAUUCACAUCCGCCAACUGGCAAAAAACGGUUUGUCAGUGUAUGCACACGCCAUUCCCUCCAUUUCGCUAACGUUUUCAACGACAACACGAAGUAAAUGUAAAGUUAUCUUUGUAAAGUUAUGACAACGCUUUGCAGAUGGAUAGUACUCGUAUUAUAGGGUCUCACAAUUGCGUUUGACCCGUAGACGUACACACAAACAAACAAAAAAUCGAUACACUCUUAUUCGCACGGCCCGCGACCGACUCAUCGAUCCGAAGAAUGGUAAGAGGAUGUUUUUAUUUUGGGACUGCACAUCCCACACCUUUAAAAUCAUUUUAAAAUUAUGUAAUAUUACGUUGAAACGUGUUGCACUCCUUUAAUGCUAUUUUGCAGGUGUUUUCCGGACAAUCGACGACGUCUGAGUGUGUACUUGUGCUGUGCGUCACAAAUGGAACAAAAUUUGAUAGUCGGAGUACCACGGACACACGACCACUUUCUACAGUAAUCCGAACUGUUGGGGGAGUCAAUCACUUUAUCGGUUUCGAAGUGGAUUUGAGGAGGAUGUUCGAGCGGAAACCGAAAAGUUACCGCAACACUAAUGUCCGCUCCACUCAAGUUUCUCAAAUAUAUAUCGAUAUUUUGUCAAAUUACAGGUUCAACACGCUCGCUUCAAAAAAUGUUGUCAAAUAACUGAUGACCACAGCAUUUAAGGCCCGCCGACCACUUUCAAGAUCGACGCGGUUCCAUUGUAAGCAAAAAUCGUUUUGAAUAGUUGAAUCCAAAGAAUUUCCAGCAAGCUUCCAGGUCCGAAAAUGAUGGCUGACAACACAAUUCUGACGUUUCCCCGACUGUAA